AUGCUCGAUUCACGUGGUGACCUCGCAGCUGUCGUCUUGGCUCUCUGGUGUCCAUUAUUUCUUGUUGCAAUCUGGGUUGUGAGACGCCAUGGCUUCAGUCGCCAAGCUGGAUGGAUCUUCAUCGUCUUCCUGGCUGCCAUUCGCAUCACUGGUUCAAGCAUGGAGUUGGCCAGCGAGAGUACGCCUCAGAACUGGCUCAUUGUGGCUUCUGCCACUCUUCAGUCGGUUGGACUGUCGCCACUGCUGUUCGCGCUCCUAGGCAUUCUUUCUCAAGUGUUCAAAGCUUCUCAUCUAGGCCAGAGAGUGAUAAUAAUUGGACUGAACACACUACAAUUGAUAAUCCUUACUGGAUUCAUCCUGGCCAUUGUUGGUGGAGUAAAGGCAUACGUACCUAACUCUUCGGCUUCGGACAUCAGCUUGGGCAAAGUCUUGAUCAAAGUUGCUGUCGGCCUUUUCGUAGCCUCAUUCGUUGCCCAAGUCUACCUAAUUGUCAAGAGUCGAUAUACAGCAGCUUUGUCCGGUACGCACAAAGCAACCGAGAUCCGCCUUCUCGCAUUCGCCGCUGCAGUCAGUGCCCCUUUUAUAGCAACCCGAGUAGCCUACAGCGCAGUUGGGACGUUCUCGAACGACUCGCCACAGUUCAACCCGGUUGCUGGUAAUGUGGUUAUAUUGGCGUGUAUGGCGCUAUUAAUGGAGCUCAUCGCUGCUUGCAUCUACCUCGCCAUAGGAUGCUACAUAGAUCCUUCCGACGGAUUGGGAACAUCAGACUGGUGCGGUUUCACUACUGCUCCGCCGACAGGCGUCUUCCCGGCCUAUUCGACAUACGUCAGCCAGGUGUACUCAUGGUGGAUGGAGCAUAGCUCCGCGCUCGUCUACAUGAGGGACAAUUGCCCUAAUACUUGGGAGCAUGGCCGGUGGCGUGAUGGAGACGGCGAGCGGUGGAUUGAAGACACCUUUGUCGUUGCUGCAUGCUAUGCCGAAGCGCUUACGACUGCUGAGCUGGCGUCGACGGGGCUGGCGGCUACGGGGGGGUUGAGCACGACGAAGCUAGAGGCUACGAGUCUCGCGAAAACGGCUGUGAGAAGCGCGACCCCGACAUCGACGGACGCGCCGAGUGGUGGGAUGGGACGCUUGGGCGCGGAGAUGUGGAUGGCUGCGCUUGCGGGGAUCGCUGCUGUUGCGAUAGGCUGCGAGUGGUAG